AUCACUGACGGAGAUGGAAGACGCUGUUCGACCCAGUAAGGAGGCUAUUGAACGCAUGCGAAAAACAAGCCAACUUGUCUGGUCUCAGCAUGCCCUGACAACAAGUUCUGAGCUGCCGCUUCAGUGUAUUCAACCUCAGAAAAUGCUGGGGAGGGUUCCUGCUUACCUUGGCCGCGACUUCGAAUCUCGAAAAGAUAGUUUAUCCCUUCACCAUACAUCGUCAUUAGAUGGAGUAUCAACUCUCUUCAUUAGUGGGAAAUCUAUAUGGCAGACGACGUCCGAGGGAGAGUGUGACCUGGAACAGAAGGUCCUCCCGCACCGACUUCUUUUAGGCGUUCAGCGCUCCACGACAUGUGUUUUCGCAGAUGAUUCACGUUUCAGACACUGGCCUGGAGUAUGCAAUACUCCGGAUAACGCUGAGCAGGGUAAUUAUCUAGCGGUUUUGUUUUAUGCUUGGUCCUAUAUUUUGUCAAGCACUUGGCUGGAGAGACAACCUUCAACUUUGGCGCAGACUAGACGUAUGAGAUAUUUGCAUUGCCGGGCCAAUGAAUCUGAUAUUGAUGAUACCCAACAGCACUGCGGUGGCUUUGAGAUUGAUUUGUGUUCCAUGGAUGAUGAUGCCGCAAGAUGGUGGGCAGCAGUACUGUCGCCGGCGGGGUGGCAGGCUACUGUAUUUCACAAUGGCCAUAUCUACAAAUCGCCAUGGUCCGUUCGCAACAUCGAUACCCGUCCGUUCAUUUUGCGCAGAAAUUAUGACCAGCAUUGUCCCGGGAGCACUCCACCUUCCUCAAGGCAGGCCUUGAAAUAUCUCGCUGACUUUUGUGCCACUCACAACCUUAGCGGUCAAUGUUGUACUGCGUUAAUGGCGACUCUCUUUAUACCUUUUAACAGCGGUAGAACUAUUACUCUUCCUCUACCUGUGCCAUAUACCCCUACCGCGGUUUUUACUCGGCCAUCGUCAUCGAAGCUAAAUAUAGCACCGUUGCCCUUUUCGCGCGAUAACAUUUAUGAACAAAGAGAACUGCUACCAUACUACAUGACCCUAAGCUGCAAUGGGUGGGCGCUACGGUCUCUACUGCACAGCACUUUCUUCAAUCCUGACGUGUACUGCAACCUUGUCGGCUCAUGGUUAGAGCCGGCCUUCGAGGCUCUUGAACCUAUCCUGGAUGCCGAGGACUAUACCGGACUUACCAUUCUUCUGACUCGGAGACAGCCGGUACUUGGGCCACUAUGGCUAGGCGCAAUUCUUACAGGAACAGCAACGACAAUUCUCCAUGCUAUCCGAUCCGGUCAAUGGGCGGUUGACCUUCAUGCGGCUGCAUGGACUGGGACUGAGCAAUCAUUUCUUACUACGAAACUCUCAGGGCCACGUGCUGCCAAACAAUCUAGAAUAAAUCGCGAUGACGAAUGCCGCUUACUAUUUCUUACAGGCUGCGAUGGCUUCUCAAGCGUUCCAGUGUGUCCUUGGAAGCCAUUUGGCAGCAGCGCGCUUAGCGAUACAGAGAUCGCAGUUCGACUUCACGCACGAUGUCGAGGGCACGACCUCCGGUACACUACUUGGAAAUGGGAUUUGGACAAUGGUAUGGAGCUUGAGGAUAGUGGGUUGAAGACAAAUUCAGCCUGUUCGAAACAAAUUGUAUCCCCAUCCAACAACACUCCGGUGGUGUCUGGGAAAUCUUGGAGACUCAAUCUUCAAUCAGUGUCGGAGGUCGCAACGCGAAGCAUAUUUGGCUGGUUACGGAUGACAGGGUAUCCGCCAAGCGAGAAGGACAUCCGCACGCACCCUUGGUUCGACGUGGGAGACUCGGAUGAAGAAUCUUGUGACGAAGUUAGCUCUGCCUGAACACCAAGCUUACAUUCCGGAGUCGAAAUCUGUCUGGGAUUGGCUUGGAGGAUUGUAUACUGCUCAAAAGGGUAAACAUACCACAGUUUUCAUCAACU